ACAUGUACUCUUUAUCUAGACACUUCAAGAAAAAAGAAAAUAUGUAAAGUCUUAAAGCACUAAAGAGUAAAGACUAAUACUAGUAGGUUAAAUCAAGCCAUUAAACUAGAAUUCAAUCUAGAUAAAACAUUUUGCAUUAUUCCCUGAUGAGUGGCUAAUGUUGCUUGCAGACGGAUUGAGGUAACCUUUAUCUGGGUGUCAAUCAUAUUCUUGGAAAAUAAAGGCUAAUAAUAAGACAUGAUUUGUACAGAUUUUGCAUCUUUGAGAGAAACUGUGUUGGGAGGACAAUAAAGGCAGAUAGUCCAAUUGGAGGAAAAAUCCUGUCCUUAAGCUAACCUAUCAUGGACUUUGAAGAAAUGUCAUGCAGCUAAUUGAGUUAAUGGCAGAACAAGAGUGAAAGUUGUCCAUUAAAAAGUUUACUGUUUUCAAAUAAGCUGCUCGAAAAGAGUUAACUUGAUCUUUCUCCAAUCCCUCUAAAAGAAGCUAUGAAUUCAAUAGGUCCAAGGUUGGUAGUAGAGGUAGAUUUAAAGAAGAAGCCAUGGGAACAAAAUCCACCUCUUCACAACCGGUGGCACCCGGAGAUACCUCCGGUAGCAGAGGUACGAGUUGGAGAGGUGUUCAGGAUUGAGAUGGUGGAUUUUCGUGGAGGUGGCAUUACACAAGAAUACACUGCCGAGGACAUCAAGCAUGCUGAUCAGUCUGUUGUCCAUUAUCUUAGUGGACCAAUAAAAGUUGUAGACACGGAUGGAAAGCCAGCUGAACCAGGUGACCUUCUUACUGUUGAAAUAUGCAACUUGGGGCCUCUCCCUGGAGAUGAAUGGGGUUUUACUGCCAUAUUCGACAGAGAUAACGGUGGCGGAUUUCUAACAGACCAUUUCCCCUGUGCAACUAAAGCCAUUUGGUAUUUCGAAGGAAUAUAUGCCUACUCACCUCAUAUUCCAGGUGUAAGAUUUCCUGGUUUAGUUCAUCCUGGAAUAAUUGGAACAGCGCCUUCAAAAGAACUACUCAAUAUCUGGAAUGAGAGAGAAAGGAAGCUUGAAGAAACUGGUCCCCAGUCUCUCAAAUUAUGUGAGGUCUUGCAUUCAAGACCAUUGGCUAACCUACCUUCAACAAAGGGGUGCAUUCUUGGCAAGAUUCAAGAUGGAACUCCUGAGUGGAAUAGGAUUGCCAAUGAGGCUGCAAGAACAAUACCUGGACGCGAAAAUGGAGGAAAUUGUGACAUCAAAAAUCUCAGCAGAGGUUCAAAAAUAUACCUUCCAGUAUUUGUAGAAGGAGCAAACCUCAGUACUGGUGAUAUGCAUUUUUCUCAAGGCGAUGGUGAAGUAGCAUUUUGUGGGGCAAUAGAGAUGAGUGGCUUCCUAGAGCUCAAGUGUGAAAUCAUAAGAAAUGGAAUGAAAGAAUAUCUUACUCCAAUGGGACCCACACUGCUACACGUGAACCCAAUAUUUGAGAUAGGGCCUAUGGAACCAAGAUUCUCGGAGUGGUUGGUGUUUGAGGGCAUCAGCGUAGAUGAAAGUGGACAACAGCACUAUCUUGAUGCAAGUGUUGCAUACAAGCGUGCAGUGCUAAGUGCAAUUGAUUACCUGUCAAAGUUUGGCUACACAAAGGAACAGGUGUAUCUUCUACUUUCGUGCUGUCCCUGUGAAGGAAGGAUUUCAGGAAUUGUUGAUGCCCCCAAUGCUGUAGCCACACUUGCCAUUCCAACUGCGAUAUUUGACCAGGAUAUUCGCCCAAAGGUCAACAAAGUGCCUCUUGGGCCAAGACUUGUGAGGAAUCCAGGAAUUCCACAAUGUACUUAUGAUGGCAGCCUGCCAAUCACCAAAAAUCCCUUGCUCCAUUAACUACAAGGAGCAGCUGCAACAUAGAUGCUGUUUCUUGAGCAGGGGAUGUGCAUGUAAAUCUACUGCAGGAAGAUAUGACCAAGUUGAAGCAAGAAGCAAAACUGAGAUGAAUAGUGCCCUACUAGACCUUCUAAACAUUUAAAGAAGUAGACAUGAUCAUCUUAAAUGUAAUAGCACGCACAGUAUUAGUCAUAAGUAGUUUGUGGAUCAUAUCAUGGAAAACUUCAUAGUGGGACUAAUCAUUAUAAUGAGGUCUGAAGAAGAUAUCCUCUUUGAAA